UUUUCUCGCCCAUGCCUGGGUCAUUUCUUGCCAGCUCAACCGGUGUUGAAAGACUGAAGCAGUGCAUUCACUGAAGACCCCCAAACAUAUAAGCAGUCCCUCUGCCCCCGGUCUUUUCAUAUAACACAUCCUUUCUUCAAAAUGGCCGCUCUCCAAUCUCCAGUUCCCCCACCACCCUCACCCCUCAUUCCCGCAGCAACCUUGGAAAUAGGACCUUCCCCAGCAGCUAACCGCCGGUUCAUAUAUCCUCAACAAGUUAAUACUCAUCAACAAGAGACUGCUUCUCAUCAAGAAAUUCCUCUGCCGCAGGAGAACACUUAUCGACUAGAGAAGCGUCCUCGACAGGAGAAGAGUCCCCAAGAAGACGAUAUUCCCCAACCAGAGAAUACAAGAGCCAAUACAGUCGAAAGCACAACCACCGUGAUGUCGCGUCAAGCUCUCCGCGAGAUUGACUCGAUUAACCUCAUCGCGGGCAAUAUGAAAGAGCUCGUGAAGAGGAUCCAAGAUCUCCGCCACAUAGGGAUCGAGGAUAACAAUAUCGACCUUCCCAAGAUCUGCGUUAUCGGUGACCAGAGUGCCGGAAAGAGCUCUCUCAUUGAGGGCAUGAGUGAGAUCAAAGUUCCUCGGUGCGCAGGCACCUGCACCCGCUGCCCGAUGGAGAUCAAUCUGUCCGAGAGUGAGCCAGGCCAAUCGUGGACUUGCAAAGUUUUCCUCUCUCGAAGGUACAUGUACGACGAGUCCGUUAAAUUCAACAAGGUCUCACAAAAGUCUCGCUCGUUGGGCCCCUGGCACGAACAAGACCAGGAGGACGAGCCGUUCAUCACGCUUACCAACAAAAAAGACGUCCAGGAAGCGAUCCGAUGGGCGCAAAUUGCCAUCUUGAAUCCUAAGACACCGUCCAGCCUCUACACACCCGGCCAGAACAGUCUAGCCGACAGUAGUUGGCAAGUGAAGUUCUCGCCCAACAUCGUACGUUUGGACAUUACAGCCCCUGGAUUCCCUAACUUGUCCUUCUAUGAUCUACCCGGAGUCAUAAGCCAGGCGGAACAGGAAGAUGAACGGUACCUCGUUACCCUUGUGGAGAACCUUGUCAGAGAGUACAUCGCCCAGCCCAACUGCAUAGUUCUCCUGACCCUGCCAAUGACAAACGAUGCAACCAACUCGGGCGCGGCCCGUAUCAUGCAAGAGGUUAAAGGGGCAAAAGAGAGAACAUUGGGUGUUUUGACCAAGCCGGAUCGCGUUCAGGCGGGGGAGUCGCAUGCUCAGUGGGUCGAAAUCCUGCAAGGAGGCAAGUUCUCUCUUGGCUAUGGAUAUUACGUCGUUCGGAACAACCCCGACCCCGAAGUCGAGCAUGCCCAGGCUCGAGAAGAGGAAGAAACCUUUUUUGCCUCGGAUCCUUGGGUUGGUAAUGGGCUCGCUGUCUACGAAGACAAGUUCGGAACCCGACGCCUACAAGCAGCCCUCUCCACGCUUCUCCUUGAGCAAAUCCAGGGAUGCUUGCCACGGAUUAUUGAGCAGAUCAAUAAGAAGGCUGACCGUAUUGAUUCUGAACUGCAGACGCUCCCGGACCCCCCGACUGCGAACGUUCAAUACAUCCUGUGUAGGAAGCUGAAUGAGUUCAAGGAUCAUAUCCGCGCCCAUGUCAACGGCGGAUCUUCGCAGUAUCCUCUUCAGAAGAUUUGGGUACAUAUUGCCUCAGAUUUCAAGAGAGCGCUUGCGAAGACACGUCCCACCGUGAGACUGCUAUCUCCUGAGGAUAGAAUUUUUUAUACGACUAUACCUGAUUGUGAAGGGGGCAGCGAUUCGGACUGUGAAAUGACUUCGGCGCCGCAACCUGUGAAACGCAAGUCGCCCGAGAAUCCCCGGAAUGUUCCAACCCCGCCGGAAGCCACCGCAGAUCAACAUGAAGGUUACUAUACCGAGCCGUUCAAGAAAUUUCAAAAAUCACCGUUGAUGUUCACCUGGGAAACUAUCCGUGAAAUCAAUGAGGACUCAUACCGAGCCGGCCUACCUGACCAGACAGACCCAAAGGCUAUUGAGAUUAUGAACCAGAUGAGCGUGAAGCACUGGUGUGAUCCACUUGGCGUGUUUCUGAACUCUACCUAUCGCCUUGUUCGGGACAUGCUACUGAAGCAGCUUAAUGAAGUUUUUGCUCAGUUUCACCAAACUGGUUUGUACCGGGAGUUAAAGCGGAUAAUUAUUCAGUAUCUGCGUGACCUCCGAGCAGAGCACUUUGAACAUGCCCAAGAAAAUUUCAACAUCGAAUACAACAAGCCGUUCACGAUGGCCACCUCGGCUUUGGACCUGGCAACCAAGUCGGCGCACCAGUAUCUUAGUUCACAACGUCAGACACUUCGUGCGGGGCUAUACUUGGACACCAAGGGCAAGUUUCCCAGGGGGGACGCCAGGCGAGAAGCUGAAUUGAGAAAGCUGAGCGCCACCGAUAUCGGACCCGACCGCUUCGCUCAGGAGCUGAAAAUGAUGGCGAAUACGCGGGCCUACUAUGAUAUGGCAAGUUCGCGAUUUGUGGAUUCCAUCUGCCAAGGCGUUCACACCAAGUUGUUUGCCAAAUGUCGCGAGGAAUUAAUCUCAGUCAUUGAGAGUGAGCUGCGCAUCUUUGAUGAUAAUGCACUGGACCGCUGCCUCGAGCUGAUGACGGAGGAUCCUGAGAGACAGCGACGCCGUCUGCAGCUCUUGAAGGAGAGGGAAAAGAUCACAAAGGCACAGGAAUGGCUCAACUCCGCCAAGAAGGAGGACGAGUUCGCGGAUACGUUAGUCGAUGACAAGGUGAGAAUCAAAUCACAGCCUCCCGAUGAAUGGACUAGUUACACCGUGUCAACCAAUGGCCUUGAGUGAGUAUGUUUGGUCUGGAGUUUAUGAAUAGGUGCUGGUGUUUGCAAACUGGUUGGGAGAAUGUAUAAUCGGAUAGCGGAGGGAUGUCAUAGCUACUAUGAGGGGGUCUCAAAGGGGUUGGCUUUGUUUACAAGGAGACAUUUGGUAGUAAUAAUGGAAUUGGUCGUCAAAG